UAAGGCAGAAUGAAUCAUCUGUAGUGCCAUAAUUAUGUCAUUAUUUAAUCCAACACUCAACAUUUUUUUGCUAAAUAAAGUUUACAUAAAUAACAUAAAUAACUGCUAACAUAACAUAAUUGUUUGGGAGAUUGGAUUUUAAAUAUAUUGUUCAUCUCAAUAUUUUUUAUAUUAAACUAAAAAUUAAUUUUACAUUCAAAACAUCACAUCAACAUCUAUUUAUAUAACAUUAUACAACUAUUCAAAUUCAAAAUUUUUACUAUUGAAAUUCCAAUUCAAAAUCCAAACCACCGAACAAACACACCCUAUAUAUAUGGACACAUUCAUAUUAUUUAAUACAAUUCCUAACUUUGAAAAUCAGAAGAAAUGGAGCCAAAGACUACAUUUUAUACUUCCAUUGCUAUUUUCAUCUUAGCUAUGAAUGCCUACUCAUGCUAUUGUGGUCUCGGCGCAUCGCACGAAGAUCAGAUUGAAUAUGAAGAUUAUAAAUACCGGUGUCUAAGUUUAUUGGGCGAGUGUGGUAAAUCUAUAAGCGAAUCUGAUUGUAGACGGCUAUGCCUUAGCUGGUUUUCGGGUGCGAAUCCAGCUCCACGUUGCGGGCCGGCUUUGGGACUUGCCCGCCCGCCCUUAAAUAUGUGCAUUUGUGAGCAUGAUUGUAUGAAAGGAUCGUCGUCGGUGACUCUGCCUCCGGCUCCGUAAUUAGGAGUAAUAUGUUGUGUUGAUCGAAAUAAAGAUGAAUAUGUAUGAAGAUUAUGCUUUCUUACAUAAUUAUUGUA